AGUAGAACCACGCUCACAUUCAUAACAAUGGAGUCAAGCACAGAUGCGGUUCCUCAGAAUAUGUUUACUUGCCAUUUGUGCAGUUUAUCUACACCAUUCACAUACUACGGACAGAAGCCACCCAAUACCAGGGCUAUUGUCUUGUUGGAAGAGUGUUUUGUGACCAAGGAUCCUUUCAGUCCAGACGGCGAGAGGUUCCUUAUCCUGGGAUCCAACUGCAGUUUGUGCCACAUCACAGUUUGUGUUGGAACGGGCUGCAGCCUUUUCUACUCCAAGCGAUUCUGCAUGCAGUGUGUGAACAAACACUUGGACCAGUUCCCCCCUCACAUUCAAGCUGAGCUUGCCAAGAAAAAGCAGCCAUCAAAGACAGAUGUUUCAUGAUUUCUGUAAAUGUUAAUAUGCUCUGGUGACAAACUUUGCUACCCUGUUUCCAAUCGUCCACAUGGUUGGGAGAACCUAUUCAAGUAAGUGAAUACAUUUCGAAAAUGUAAAAAAACACAAUGUAUUAUUAGCUAACUACUUAAUGCAGGCUAACUCAAAUGAGCUGCUAACAUAGCUAGCUAUCUAGCCAACUUUACAUACGGUAUAGAUAGCGAGAUAAUUAAAUAUCACCAGCUACCUAAACAUUUUUAUGUAACUAGCUAACAGCCAUGGAGGAGGGUGAAAGGAUAGCAGCCCCAACUGUCAGUGAGAGAGUAGGCUAUUCUGGAUAGGGCAGGUAAUUUUGUGUAGUUCCAGUCCCUAGAAGUGAGGACGGAGAUAAUAGUAACAUAAUAUUCAGUGUGGUAUAAUGAAGUCUGUUUCUUGUGAAGUUUUCUGUCCUCGGAUACAGAGAGCUGUGAAAGCCUGUCUGCAGAUGAAGUCCCAAUGAAGAGCAGUGGCUCUCAGUCAUGGUCCUGGGGACUCAAAGGGGUGCACAUUUUUGUUUUUGCCUUAGCUCUACACAGCUGAUUCGAAUGAUCAACUCAUCAAGUGGUAUUUAUGUAUUCAUUUGUGAUGCUACCCUUGAUUAUUAUCCUGCUAUUGUCACAUGAAACAUGUGCACAUGCAUCCAUCUAUCCAAUGUUAUCAUGAUUUGUUAUGUGAUAUUAUACUUUAGUCGUCAAAUUGUAUUAGUCACAUGCGCCGAAUACAACAGGUGUAGGUAGAUCUUACAAAGGAAAUGCUUACUUACUACGAGCCCCUAACCAACAAUGCAGUUUUUUUUAUACAGAAAUAAAAGUAACAAGUAAUUAAAUAUACAAUGGGGUACUGGUUAGUUGAGGUAAUAUGUACAUGUAGGUAGAGUUAUUAACGUGACUAUGUAUAGGUAACAACAGAGUGGCAGCAGUGUAAAAGGGGGGGGGGGGUAGGCAAUGCAAAUAGUCUGGGUAGAGAGAGAUGAGAGAAUCCACAAUGACCUGGUGAUUAUAAAAAGUCUAAAUUGCAUAGUUACUGUAAGAUUGGGUGACCAGGGCCAUAUCUGGGACUGCCUCCUGGGGGAAUUCAGGUGUGUGAAAGGCUACCUGUGUCCUGCAUAACUUCGUGAGUUUUUAUUUUACCUUUAUUUAACUAGGCAAGUCAGUUAAGAACAAAAUCUUAUUUUCAAUGACUGCCUAGGAACAGUGGGUUAGCUGCCUGUUCAGGGGCAGAACGACAGAUUUGUACCUUGUCAGCUCGGGGAUUUGAACUUGCAACCUUCCAGUCACUAGUCCAACGCUCUAACCACUAGGCUACCCUGCCUAUGGACAUGAGGGCAUCUGCAGCUCGCCGCCUUGUGUCAGAGGAGAGGUCUGCUGCUCUGCAGGAUGUUUCAAGGAUGGGGGACAACAACGCAGCACGAGAGGCAAUCCGUGUGGGGGAGAUCUUCACCUUCUACUUCUUUGAAAAGGGUGCUGUUCCCUGGCAACACCAUAGACUACACUAUGCACAACCAAAUGCUCUUAAGAGCCAUCCACAUUACAAUAAGAGUAUUCUUCCAUUUACUUAGCUAUGUCAACUGCAGUUAUUACAUUUCCCAGUUUCUCUCCUUUUGAUUUCUACUUCAGGUGAAGGUGCUGUCUGUACAAAAACAAAACAGGCACUUUUAAGAGACACCAAUAUUGAAAACAUUUAGAACAAGUAGACACCCUAUAACCCACACCCUCGUAUCAAUCUGAUUGAUGGAUUGUGUUGUGCAGUAAGCUGGCUCAGGUGUAUAACCAUGGCUCCUUCCACCUUCAAAGAAUAGAAGAGUGGACCAACCAUGGAGAAUAGUUAUAUCAGCUGUGUCAGUGAACCCCUCCCACAUCUGAACUGGCUGACAGAGGGCACAGUAUGAUCAGAGAUAUGUUUUGAUGUGAGAGAGGAUGCCAACCCCCAGUCCCAUCAUCUGCACCUCACCUGCUUUUAAGAUAACCUUCGGGCCAACUUGAGACACUAUGUAAUUGUGAUGAACUGAGAGAAUAUUUGGGUAGCACCGUGAUUCAUUAAUCAUAUGCUGUCUUCCCUGCUCCUAUGUUCUUACCUUUCCUUUUUACACCUCUUGCCACCUUUCUUCCUCUGCUUUUAUUGUGCAUUGAAGUACAGAUUGAACUUGUGUUUAUAAUGCAUCUAUUUAUAACACUUGGAUAAUGAACUUCUUUCAAUAAAGCGUUUCACAUUC